UUCCAGCUAAUAAUCUACGAGGCUGAGCCAGCGGGCUGAGCCCUUUAAUGUUUCUAGUUAUUCAAUAGUUAUCUAGAUCUAACUGGCUCCACCUACCGUCCACGUGGUUCAUGAUGGAGGCUACAAAGCAGAAAUCUCACAAGAAGCGACAAGCUGGUACCAAAGCUAUAAAAAAGAAGAAAAGGGACAAGAAGGGGAAGGAAAACGAGGAAGCAGAGGAUCAAAGAAACCCCAAGGCUUUCACUUAUCGUAGCGCCAUCAGAGCAGCCAGAUCAAAAAGGAGGACACUAGACAUCAAUGAAAAGAGGAACCGUCUCCCCCAGGUGGACAGGACUCCAGUUGAACCGCCCCCAGUACUAAUAGCUGUAGUAGGACCACCUAAAGUUGGAAAGACGACACUAAUUAAUGGACUAGUGAAGCACUUCACUCAUCACACUGUGUCCAAGAACCAGGGACCAGUCACUCUAGUGUCAGGUAAAAAGAGACGGAUCACAUUUAUUGAGUGCAAUAAUGACAUCAAUACAAUGAUUGACAUAGCAAAAGUCGUAGACCUUGUAUUGCUGCUUGUUGAUGCCAGUUUUGGUUUUGAGAUGGAAACGUUUGAGUUCUUAAAUAUCCUACAGACCCACGGGUUCCCUCGUGUGAUGGGAGUACUGACACACCUUGACAUGAUGAAGAAGAACAAAAACUUGAGGAGACUCAAAAAGAAACUUAAACAAAGAUUUUGGACAGAAAUAUAUCAGGGUGCGAAACUUUUCUAUCUGUCCAACAUUCGUCAUGGUCAAUACAUGAAGAAUGAGUUGCAUAAUCUUGGUCGGUUUAUAUCAGUCACAAAGUUCAAACCACUGGACUGGCAGUCAUCGCAUCCUUACCUCAUUGCUGACAGGAUGGAGGAUCUCACAUCUCCUGAUUCAAUUAAAGAGGAUCCAUUGUGCAACCGAACCAUCUCAGUAACUUAUUAUGAUGAGAUGAAGGAAAUAAUGGCUGAGCGAGCCAAGAGAAACAGACAAGAAUUUGAGAGUCUUCCCCCAGAGCAGAGGCAGGACUAUAUAGGGGUACAACCUGGUGCUUAUGUCCGUCUAGAGAUACCAAACAUACCUUGUGAGUUUGUCCAGCACUUUGAUCCAUCCUAUCCCAUAAUAGUCGGCAGUCUACUCCCUGGAGAAGAGAAGCUAGGGUACGUCCGCGUCAGAAUGAAGCGUCAUCGCUGGUACAAGAAGAUUUUAAAGUCACACGACCCCCUGAUUGUGUCUAUGGGAUGGCGUAGGUUCCAGACCCUGUGUGUGUAUUCAGUGGAGGAUCACAAUGGGAGGAGACGAAUGCUCAAGUAUACUCCAGAGCACAUUCACUGCAUGGCUUCUUUUUAUGGUCCUGUGACCACACCCAAUACUGGAGUCCUUGCUAUACAGUCCGUCAAUAAUAACAUCAACACUUCAGAUUUUCGAGUGGCAGCCACUGGCCUUGUAUUGGAGAUGGAGAAGUCAACAAGUAUAGUUAAGAAACUAAAGCUAACCGGAGUCCCUUACAAGAUAUUCAAGAACACCGCCUUCAUCAAAGGGAUGUUUAAUACUCCUCUCGAAUGUGCUAAAUUUCAAGGGGCAUUAAUUAGAACAGUCAGUGGAAUAAGGGGACAAGUGAAAAAGAAUCUCUCAUCUCCAGAAG